AAAGAAAGAGAAGAAAAAAAACGAGAGGGAGAAAAGGACCAGGAGGUGGGGAGGGGGGCCGGAGCCAAAACCUAGACGAGCCACACAGAGAGAGAUAGCAAGGAGGGCGACGACGCCAGGCGGGCUAGCCCCACCAGACCAACCAAACCCUAGCUUACCUUUCAUUCCAAUCCAUGGAGGCGGCUUUAUGAGCCGCCACCGCCGCUGCCGCCGGGACGUGGAGCUAUUAAAGCGAAGGAACGGAGGAUGACAGCCAGAUCGGACGAUCCCGACGUCUCGCCGGGUACGGCGGGCGGCGGCGAGAUCUGGGGCACGUGGGAGGAGCUCCUCCUGGCGUGCGCCGUGAGGCGGCACGGCACGGCGAGCUGGGACUCGGUGGCCAUGGAGGUGCAGUCGCGCAGCACCUCCGCCGCGCGCCUCACGCCCGCCGGCUGCCGCCUCCGCUUCCGUCUCCUCCGUCGCCGGUUCGCCGCCGAGAACGGUGACGGCGGCGAUGAGGACCCCGACCCCGACCCCGCCGCCGCCGACGUGUGGGUGGAGGAGCUCCGCAAGCUGCGCGUCGCCGAGCUCCGCCGCGAGGUCGAGCGAUACGAUCUCUCGAUCGGGUCGUUGCAAUCAAAAGUGAAACGGCUCAAGGAGGAGAGGGAGGUGAGCAUCUCCGGCGAGGCUACGCCGGUGGUGAAGAAGGAGCAGGAAGACGAGGAGGCGGUGCUGGUGAAAGGAUCGCCGGAGGACGAUGACCCCGCCGGGGAGGAUCGUGCCUCCGGCGGCGAGUCCGGGCGAUCAUGCAAGGAGUCCAACUCGUCAGAUCUGAACCGGCCGGGGCACGACGCCGGCACCGGUUCCGCCGGCGGCGAAGGCGACGCGUCAGCGAGGGAGGAGGAGACCGCCGCUGGCGAGUCGGUGGCCGUGAAGCGGGAGGAGGUCUCGGGCGAGUCGGUCGCCGGGUCGAAGGAGGCGGCGGCAGACGCGGAGGAGAGCAGCGACGCGCAGAGCUCGGCCAGCUUGUCCCGCCGCCGCGAGCCGGUGGGCGGUGGCGCCGGCGCCGGCGGCGAGGACGCGGCGGCCGAGGAGGGGUCAGCGUCGCCGUCGGCGCCCGCCACCAUCCCCGCGGCGGAGGCCGAAGCGCUGCUCGCCUUCCUCGAAUCGGUGCGGACCAGCAAGGCGGGCUCCGUGUUCGAGCGGCGGCUCGAGAGUCAGGAUGGCACGAAAUACAGGAGCACCAUCAGGCGCCACGUGGAUCUGGAGACGGUCAGGUCCAAGCUGGAAGGGGUCGGCGCGUGCUACACCUCCGCGUCCGAGUUCUACCGCGACCUGCUCCUGCACUGCACCAACGCGCUCGUCUUCUUCCCGCUCGGCUCGCCGGAGCACGCCGCCGCGGCGCAGACGCGCGCCCUCGUCUCCAGGCACAUGGCCGCGUCUCUCCGCAAGGACCAACCUGGGACCUUGGGGAAGGCUGCGGGGCCUUCUGCGGCUUCCAAGAAGCCCAAGGCGGAAGACGUCGGGUCACUGUUGGAGAAGACGACGCCGAUAAUCGUCUGCCGCAAACGGAGCUCCAUUGCAAAGGCUGCUGCCAAGAUGGAUAAAGCGGAGAAGGGAGAGACAAACAAGGAGGAUGAGGAGGAGAAGGAGAACGAGGUCAAGAAGAAGGUGGCCCCCAAGGACAAGGCGCGGGGGCUGAGGACGAACAAGAGCCGCGGCCCUGCCAGGAACGCAGCUCCAAAUCAGAAGACGGGGAAGGGCUCGGAGAGCGAGGGGGCGGCUGAAUGGACGAAGAAGUCUGACAAGAAAGGUGGCAGCGGCACGGCAGCAAGUAGUGGGGUCGCCAAGAAGCGGAACGCCGUGGAGUUCCUGAACCGGAUGAAGCAAAACUCGACUCCCUCGACAGAGCGCGUGUCGCUGCUCGAGACAUUGAAGCUCUCCGCGGCGGCAGAGCAGAAGAAGUCCGGGAAGGGCGAGGGCCGGAAGGAGCCCGGCGGCAGUUCCGGCUCCAAGAAGGCCACAGACACGCCGCCAGGGAGGAGAAGCGUCGGCAGGCCCCCAAAACGGGCGGCCGCGCCCCCGACGCCGCCGCAGCCAUCAAAGAGGGCGAAGGGCGACAAGCCCUCGACGACGAGGAAGCGCGGGGGGAAGAGGUGACUGGGAUGGGAGGCAGUAGGAAGCGAUAGUAUCAGCUGUGUGUAAAUGCUCUAGGGCUGUAGGAUCGUUUCGAGCUUGUACUGUAUACCUGUGGUGUAGGGGUGGCGCUUUUUUUUUGGACGGGGAGAUGGAAUGAUGGAUGAACUGACCUACACCUCUCAUGAUCUCGGCUCACGGGACUCGGAAGAGAAGACGAUUCCUUUUUAAACUGUCGUCGUGUAUGUUUGGACAGAAAUUUGAAACUUAUACUGAAGCAAAUGGAAGCCACUCUCAUCUGGGACAUGGAUAUAUCA